AUGCUGCAAGGUAACACCAUGCGGCCGCCCGCUUCUUAUGUCGCCCUCGCGGUAUCCGGACGCAAUUUGUUAUGCCAAAUAGCGCGGGGCAGCGAUCUAUCGGUGGCACGCAAUUCCGCCCUUGAAACAUGCACGGCUGUGGCACAGCUGUUCAGUGGUAUCGAUUCGUCACUCGAACGCACGCUCUUAUCUCGAGACACGGUUGACAUCGAUCCUGUCCUUGCAUCGCGGACGUGGGACUGUGGAGGCCAAGCAGUUGUCGCUUCGCCUAGCGGCGCUUUGGAGGCAGCAGACGCAAGCAUCAUUGCACCAGGGCGCAAUCCUCCGGCGAGUGACGCACUUACCACAUCCCAAACCGCUGAUCCCGUCACCCACGACGGAGCUCUUCCCGAUGAAGUCUCAAGCGUCCCUCGCUACGAUUCUCACUUCCUCGACUCGCUCGAAGAACUUUUCGGACAUUCAAAUCAAGUUUAUGGCAGUUUAGGAUUCCCUUUUCCAAUGCAGUAA